UUCAACUCAUCAUUUAGAGACAACUUUCUUCCUUCCUUCCUUUCAUCUGAAUUUUUUUUCGGUUCAUUUGAAAAAUCUGUCCGAACAUGAUUCAUCUGUCAUCAUCAUCAACGAUUUAUCGAUUGAUGAAUCGAUUAAUUUCGAUCAUCAUUUCGAUUAAUAUUAUCAUUUUAUUUAUGAAUGAUUUUCUUCUAUUCGAUCAUCAUCAUCUUCGUUUAUUACUGUCCAAUGCACAAUUACGUACAAGAAUCUGUGUACCACAAUCAGUAUAUGAUGAUUGUAAUCAAAUGGCCGAUAAUAUACCGGGAUUAUUUUCCUGUAUAAAUGCUAGAGAUAAAUUUGAAUGUAUGCGUUUAUUGGAUCGUGAUGAAGCUGAUAUUGUUAAUCUAGAUGCUGAAGAAAUUUAUAUGGCUGGACGUCUUUAUAAUCUUGAACCAUUUGUACGAGAAGAAUAUAAUGGUAAUAAUUAUCUACAACGUACAGCUGUUUUAGUACGUAGAGAUGUUAAAAUACAUUCAUUGAUUGAUUUGAAAAAUAAACGUGCAUGUCUUGGUCCUUAUAAUGAUCUUUAUCGAUGGAAUAUACCGUUAGGAAUAUUAUCAUAUUAUGAAACAAUGGUACCAGAUUGUCGAUCAGAAUUACAAACAGUGGAAAAAUUUUUCUUAGAAGCAUGUGCUGCUGGUAAUUGGUCAACAGAUUUAUUUUUGGAUGAACAACUUAAACGAAAACAUCGUCGUUUAUGUUCACUUUGUCGUGAUAAUGUUUAUGGUUUAUGUUCAGAACAGGAUAGUUUUGCCGGUCCUGAUGGUUCAAUUAAAUGUAUGACUGAAGGUUUAGGUGAAAUUGCAUUCACUACAAUUGAAAUGGCUGUUGAUUAUUUUGCACAACGUACAAUCAUGUCAUCAAUGUAUGAAUUUUUAUGUAUGGAUGGUACUAGAAUGGCUAUUACAUCACGUGGUUGUCAUUGGGCUAAACAUCCAACCAAUGCAUUUGUAAUACGUUCCGGUAGAGAUCGAAAUAAAGAUAUUUAUUUUCGUACAUUACAAAUGGUUUAUAAUCGUUUUAGUAAAUUACGACCAAGUUGGUUUGAUAAAUCAUUUGUAUCAUCAUUAAAUGUUACACAAUUAAUACAAUUAUUUCCAUCAAAUCCAAAUAAUGGACCAAUGAGAUAUGAUCAUUAUUUAGAAUUUUUCAUACCAUCUAUCGAAAAACAAAUGCAAGGUUGUCCAAAAAGAAAUAUAACAUUUUGUUUAAGUAAAGAAGGUGAACUAAGUAAAUGUCAAAAAUUACAAAAAGCUGCAUUUUCACGAAGAAUUCAUCCACCGAUCCGGUGUUAUCAAGCUGAUUCCGAAGAAACAUGUAUUCGUUUGAUAAACGAACGUAAAGCUGAUUUAAUGAUACUUUCACCUGAUCGUUUUUAUUAUGGUGCCAGAUAUCAAUCAUUACAAGCAUUAGCCAAAAUCGAAAGUAAUGAUCCACAAUAUUCAGUAGCUGUUGUACGAUCAAAUUCUGAUUUAUCAAUGUUAUCACAAAUGAAACAUAAACGUUCAUGUCAUAGUGGAUUUGGACAUCUAGCUAGUUGGACAAUACCAAUCGGUUCAUUGAUACGUGAUGAAUUAGUUGAACCAACAAGUUGUAAUCGUGCACAAAUUAUUGUUGAUUAUUUUAGUGCAAGUUGUGUACCAGGUGCAGCUGAUGCACGUAUUAAUCCAAAUGGUACUGGUGUUAAACAACUUUGUUCACAAUGUAUUGGUGAUGAACGUGGUCAUCAUCAUUGUGAUCUAGAUUUUGGUGAAAGAUUUAGUGGUGAAGAUGGUGCUAUCAGAUGUUUGGUUGAAGGACGUGGUGAUGUUGCAUUUGUUUCACAUGAUACAAUUCUUCGCUUGACAAAUUCCAGAUUUCCAACCAAUUGGGCAAAAGAUUUAAAAAGUUCAGAUUUUCGUCUGCUUUGUCGUAUACCAAAAGAUUUAUUCGAUCCACGUACUGGUGGUACAUUACGUGGUAAUAGUAUUGAUGAUGUUAAUGAUUUUGUUAAUAAUAAUAAUAAUGGUGGUAAUGGCGUUGGUCGUACAUUAUUACAUGCAACCAUAUAUGAUUAUAAUCGUUGUCAUAUUCAAGCAAUACCUGAUUCAAUAAUAGCAACAUCAAUAUUUACACCAUACGAUAUACGAUUAGAUGCAAUGUACAUUCUAAAUCAAUUAAGUGAAACAUUUUUCGGUAAAUAUAAAACAUCAUUUUUAAUUGCCGGUAUGUUUCGUAAUCGUUCGGAUAUAAUGUUUUCGGAUCGUGCACAAAAAAUUCAAUUAUUUCGUCCGGAUAUUAGUCUUGAAGAAACAUUAGGUGAUUUUUUACCUUAUCUUGAAAGUAAUGAUUUAAUUACAUGUGGUUGUAUUAUUGAAAAUUUAUCAUUCAUAUUGAUUAUUUUUACAACAUUUUUGUAUUAUAUUCUUUUAUAUUAAACAAAAAAAAAAUUUGUUAAUUACGUCAAUAUUUCCAAGGCCAUUUUUAGUGAUUUACAUUUUUUUUUAUUCAACAACAGUACAGGCACAAAAAUACAAUGUAACUAAAACACAUACA